CCGGGCGCGGAUGCGGAAUAUACGCUUCUUUGACCCUGGCCCUACAGUUUCGACGGUAAAGAUGUAUUUUAGGAAUGGUCUGUCGAAAAGCAGACACGUUAAGCGACAUCACCUGGAGUGCUAAGUAAACGAAAAAUGACAAUCAGUUGAAAAAAUUUAGGGCCACGAGUUAUAAACCCGUUCUGACAUUAAAGAAAAAGAGAAAGAAACAAAAAAGGAACCUGCCGGUAAAGUUGGAAGAGUGCGGGGAUGAGGCAACUGGCUCUUUUGGCACGGCACCCGAAAAGAAAAAGGGGCCGCCUCGUCUCUCUGGUACGACGGGAGUGCGAAGAGAGAACAACCGAGGCACGAAAAGAAUGCCGCUCAUUUGUGUCACCACCGGGCAGAGAUUAAGCAAUGGGAACCCUCGCUCACGUGAGCGAUCUCCAAACGGCCCCGGAGCCAGAGACGCUGCUCGCACCCCACUCUGCUACCUAUAUUCGUGGACCACUUGCGCCAGUCACGUUCACAGUCAUUCCGUUCAACGAGGUCCUCGGCGAAACUUUCGAGCUCGCUGAUCUUGCGGCGCGUUCUGUGAAACACGCGAUUUUAUGACAGUUCAUUUAGCUUUUCCGCGGAAGAAAGUGCGCGUUUUGGGGAAGCUUGAAUGUCGGGCGGCAGUGGCGCAGUGGAUCCCGAAAAACGACGAGCGUCUCUGUUGGAUGGUAACGCGGCAAGAGAGAAACCGGCUCCUUCCGACGGUGGCUGGGGGUGGCUCGUGUGCCUGGCGUCCUUCUGGGUGCACGGCGCAGUGUUCGGCCUCAUCAACUGCUUCGGAGUGCUCUACCCGGAGAUCUACAGGCUGACGGAGGAUGACGAGCGAGCGUCCUUCCACACCUCCCUGGUUGGCUCCCUGUGCGUGGGCGCCACCUUCUCGCUGUCCCCCGUGGCAAGCCUCCUGGCGGACCGGAUUGGCUUCAAGAGUACAGUGGUCUUGGGAGGCCUCCUGGCCGCGUCAGGGCUCGUGCUAAGUUCCUGGCUGCUCCAGGUGCCGCUCCUCUGGAUCACAUACGGCGGUCUUGUCGGCGUGGGCGCAUCCCUGUCGUACGCUCCUUCCCUGGCAGUGCUGGCGCUGCACUUCGACCGGCGCCUCGGCCUGGCCAACGGAAUUGCGUCGGCCGGUAGCUCGGCCUUCACCAUGCUGCUGCCGCUGCCGCUGUCGGCCCUGCUCAGGCAGCUGGGCCUCCAGAAGACGCUCUGGGUCCUGGCCGUUCUUCUCUCGACAGUGGCGGUUGCAGGCCUGACUUUCAAAAGCCCCCGGAACAUAGCACACGAAAGAGGAUUUCGGGACGAGGAGGAACAUCUCAGCAAGUGCUGCGCCCUGGUCCACAGGUCACUGUGGACCAACCGGAAAUACAUUCUCUGGGUGACUGCCGUGCCCCUGGCGCUGUUCGGCUACUUCGUUCCUUACGUGCACCUGGUGCAGCACGUGUCUCAAAUACUGCCAGGAGCAAACGGCGAGUCCCUGCUGACGUGCAUGGGAGCCACUUCCGGGAUCGGUCGGAUCGUGUUCGGCAGGAUAGCUGACCUUCCAGGCGUCAAUGCCCUGGUGCUGCAGCAGGUCUCCUUUCUGGUGAUGGGCCUGCUGACUAUGUGCAUGGCAGCGGCGAGCCACUUCGCCGUCCUGGUGGCGCUGUGCCUGGCGCUGGGCCUGUGCGACGGCUGCUUCAUCUCGCUCAUUGGGCCCGUGGCCAGGCUCAUCGCGGGCUCCUCGGGCACCUCGCAGGGCAUCGGCUUCCUCCUCGGCGCCUGCUCCCUGCCGCUCACCGCUGGACCCCCCAUCGCAGGGAUGCUGUACGACAGCAUUGGCAACUAUUCCCUGGCAUUCCUGCUGGCCGGGGUGCCCCCUGUUCUGGCAUCGCUCCUGAUGUGCUGCAUACACUUCGUCGGAGAUGUGAGUUUCCAUCUGUGCGUCUUUCGGCAACCGCGCAUGAAGAAAGGCAUUAGUGACCGUCUUUUUUUAAACGCAUAG